GAUCGGAUUCCCUUGGAGAUGUAACAUAACAACAACAACAACAAAAAUACACAAACAUGCCAUAAACAUCCAAAUUGAACACGUCACUCUAUCGAUGAUAAAAACCAACAACCAACCAAUAUUAAUAAUAGCAAAUACACAACUCACAACAGAAUUGUUUUGUUUGUUUUGUUGUUGGUUUUUUCGUUGUCGUUGGUUCUGUAAAAUUUGCAAACAAAAUUGUUUUGUUUCCCACCGUGUAUAAAAUUGAUUGCAAAUAGAAUUUAUCGAAUUGAAUUUCAUUAUUUUCUUUUUCGUAAAAAAAGAAUUCAAAGAAUUGUUUCAAAGAAAAUGAGUGAAAAACUUCGAGAUGAUUUAUUACCCUCAUCAACAUCAUUAUCGACAACAAAUACAUCGAUAAAUGAUUCAUUACUUGUAGAAAUGAAUAUGAAUGAUAAUAAUGAUGAUCAUAAUAUUAAUAAUGAUCAUCAACAUCAUAUUAAAUGGAAAUAUCGUCCAUCAACUGAUUUAUCAUCAAAAUCAUCAUCAUCAUCAUCAACAAUAACGGCUAAUAAUAAUAAUAAAAAAAAAUCGAAUAAAAAAAUUUUAAAAUAUGUUUCAUUGGUUACAUUGACCAUACAAAAUGCAUCAUCAACAUUGUUUAUGCGUGCAGCAAAAACACAAAAAAUACCAUUCAUUUCAUCAACGGCUGUUAUUAUGACUGAAUUGGUUAAAUUAAUAACAUGUAUUUUUAUGGUAUAUCGUGAUGAAGGAAUGAGUGUACGAAAAAGUUUAUUGGUUAUCAAAAAAAUUGUAAUCAAUCAACCAAUGGAUACAUUAAAAGUUGCUGUUCCAGCUAUUAUUUAUUAUGUACAAAAUAAUCUAAUAUAUGUAGCUGCUGCAAAUUUAGAUCCAGCAACAAGUCAAGUUACAUAUCAAUUAAAAAUAUUAACCACUGCAUUGUUUUCGGUUUUAAUUUUAAAAAGAUCAUUAGUAAUAUUUCAAUGGUUUUCAUUAAUAUUAUUAUUUAUUGGUGUUGCAUGUGUACAACUUUCACAAACUAAAUCAACAACAAAACAAUCACAAAGUCCACAUGAACAAAGUACUUUGAUAGGUUUUUUAGCUGUACUUAGUGCAUGUGUAUUAUCUGGAUUUGCUGGUGUUUAUUUUGAAAAAAUUUUAAAAAAUACUUCACAUAUAUCAUUAUGGAUAAGAAAUAUACAAUUAAGUGCUAUUGCCAUACCGAUUGGAUUGAUUCAAGUUUGUAUUACCGAUUUGAAUGAAAUACAAAAAAAUGGAUUUUUUCAUGGCUAUACAAUAUUAACAUUAACGGUGAUAUUUCUUAAUGCACAAGGUGGCCUUUUAGUUGCUGUUGUUGUUAAAUAUGCUGAUAAUAUUUUAAAAGGUUUUGCUACAUCAAUUUCAAUUAUCAUAUCAUGUGUUGCAUCAAUUUAUUUAUUCAAUUUUGUAUUGACAUUACAAUUUUUUAUUGGUGCUUCAUUAGUAAUUAGUUCGGUAUUUUUAUAUAAUAAACCGGAUAUGAUUUCAAUUGAUUUGAUUAAUCGUUUAAUGAAAAUAUUUACAAUAAAUAAAAAAUAAAUCCAUCAAAAAAGAGAUCA